AAAAUGCUGACUUGAUUUGUUGUGUAGGAUAGCAAUAAAUUUAAUAAUUUCUGCGUACACACAGGGAGCGCUUCAAAGGUUCAUUUAAUUAAUGCCAAUGCCGAAUAUAACAAUAACCAUAUGAACAGAAUUAUAAUGGAUAUAGCGUAACGUAUCGUACUUAGCAACAGCCUACAUCAUACAUACAAGUACGCACACACGUACACUCUGAACGUAGGGCUAUGUAUGAGUGUCCGCUCAUAUAUUUUCGUGCCGCACCAGUAUGUUUUAUGCGUAUCUAUACAGUUUGACUUAUCCUCUUAUAUCGAUUAGUACUGCUAUACACAGCGGUGGAGACUGUUUGGCGGGUGUUUCAUUAUGGUUUGCAUUUUGCAUCAUUCACUCAAGUAAAACAUGAGUGACAAAAUGCUUUCUCGUUUUCAUUGUCGGCGAAAGCGAAUUUAUUUGUUGUGUUUGUGUUUUGCACUGUGUUUUGUGUGUCUAUUCUUUAAUACUCGAAGCAAAAAUAUUGCCAUUUUAAAAACAUGCUUCAUACCAACACUACGCCAUCGAAACGAUAACAUUACACUGUUUGAGGAUAUUUUAGAGGCAGAAAAGAAACCAACAGCGGAUCGUUCGGUGUUUUUCAUUGAAAGUUCCUGUGUACGAAAUGGAUUGGCCGCUUUAACAGCGAGGCAAGCAUGUGCUGUUGAAUCAGCUGCUCGACGAAAUCCCAAUCGUGAUAUUUUCGUAUUGUUUCCAGCACAAGUUGGAUUCUCUGAAUUGUUUUCGUCAUCAAUUAUGCACUCGCUGCGAUUAUAUCGAAAUAUUUACUUUCGUCGAGUUAAUUAUCAAAAUUACGGGUUGUCUACGCCGGCCGAGACGUUACUGCAAUCAGAUCGGAUUUUUCAAUCGAGUUUUUUGACCGAAACACUUUCCGAUAUUCUACGCUUUGUCACACUUCAUAGAUUUGGUGGUAUUUAUUUAGAUACAGACACUAUUGUUCAACAGAACCUUGACGUUUUGCCCCAUGACUUUGCUGGUGCCGAGUCUGACAGUUACAUCGCUAAUGGUGUACUAGGUUUUAGCAGCCAGGGACUUGGACAUGACAUUACCGGAGUUAUUUUGAAAGAUAUUUGUGACGAAUUCAAUCCAUCGUUGUGGGGUCACAAUGGGCCCGAUGCCAUAACUCGUACACUGAAACGCAUUUGCAACGUGAAUGAUAUUACCAAAAUGAAGCCGGAAAUUUGCUGGAGAUUUCAUGUCCUACCCAAACGUGUUCUAUAUCCCGUAAAUUUUCUUCAAUGGAAAAGGCUGUUUGAUCCAAGCCAAUUGAACGAAACGUUGCGCAUAACCAAAGAUGCGGUUGCCGUUCAUUUCUGGAACAAACUCACAUCAUCAACUCCAAUUUUAAAGAACUUCAAAAAUAAAACCGCCAUUGAAAUGUACACCGAAAAAAUGACCAAACACUCGGACAUAAGCAAUCCAUUCGGAGGAGAAACAGCGUAUGGAUUUCUUGCAAAAACAAAUUGUCCACUGGUUUACAAUGCUUCCGUGCCAUCAAAUUCUGUUACCAAUGGAAGUAAAGGCCUUGCCCGAAUGUCAGUCAGUUUUGAUACCAGAAUACCUUUUGUACGACUUCUGAAGAGCGUCCAAGGCAAAUCGAAACCGUCGAAAUAUAACCGAGUGCUACCACAAACGCGAUCGAUUUGGUACAUCUAGUUCUAAGUUAAGUUACCAUCGUAUCAGUAUACCAGCCCUACUACCAGUUUCGAUUUUUAAGCAGCACCAAAACAACUGCAAAUAUCCAAGAAUAUUUAGUAAUAAAACCAUACUUGUGC